AUGCACUUUGCAUUAAAUUUAUUCCUUCUAAUUAUUUUAGUGGCAAAAUGCUUUGGGCUGGCAGAUCAUCCAACCAAACCACCAGUUGGCUGUCCCAAUUAUGCUCUCUGCAUCGACAACAACUACGAUACAACAAAUACCAUGUAUUAUGAUUGCGAGCCAAAUUAUUGUGGGUUGUGCAACGAUGGAACGGCCGACAAUCUCUUGCUAGCCAUGUUUUACACGAAGAAGGUGUAUGCUUGUGCAUCGAACACCACAAAUAAAUGUGUGUUGCCUGGUUGUGUAUUGGGUAAGGGAAUGGUGGGACCAACAACAUGUACCAAUUACAUCAACAAUUAUGAUUGUCAAUGUCAGAGUGGAUGGACGGGAACCGAUUGUACACAAGUAAGUACAAUUUGUGAUUCGAGCCCUUGUCGGAAUGGUGGUACAUGCACUCCACUCACUGCAACCACUUUCAAAUGUGAUUGUGGAACGAAUGCGAUGGGUGAACGGUGUCAAUAUGAGAAUAUCUGUGCCAAUUCCCCGUGUGUCAACGGAGCCUGUGUGAUGCUGUUCAGUGGAGAGAAAUCGUUGGAUCAAUCCAAUUUGCUUUCAUUUUUUCUUUUCAGCUACUGUAACUGCACAAGUGGAUGGCAAGGGGCAAAAUGUGAUACAGCGACAUUGACAAAUGCUGACACGACGAUCAGUCCGUGCAUCAAGAUUAAGGCUGGUGACACGAACAGCACGGUGGAAGAUAUGGGGAAAGAACCGUCAGCUUCUCUGUGCAGAAGCAUGUUUCAAACGGAGGUCAUUGAUGGUGCCACGUACAAGUCAUACUGUGUCGCUGGAAAGAAAUGCUAUAUGUACACAACUUUUGUAACCGAUGGUGGUAAUAGUUCACUGUUGGACGAUUGUGCAACGAAAUGUAAUCAAGAAGCUACACCAAAAGGGAAAACCGAUUACCCUGGUGCCAAUGAGAUCUGCGGUAUGUCUUAUUCACCAUCAGCAAAGAACCCCCGUGGACCAUGCUACAACUAUGCGGAUAUUUCUAAACAAGCGUGUGUCCCGAAUCCAUGUCACGGGAGUGUUUGCCGAAACACAACCGGUUUCAAUUUCUACGAAUGUGACUGUAAAGCCGGAUGGACUGGACAAGAUUGUGAUAUUCAAUUGCAUUGCCAACCAGCCGAUCCAGCUGAUUAUCCAUGCAAAUAUGGUGGAAUGUGUGUCGAGAAGAGUGACUCCCCGGGCUUCACAUGUGAAUGUCUCAGUCGGUACACGGGCGAUGAUUGCAGUAUUCCCAACAUGUGUCGGACUUCGUUAGGCUUGAAUCCAUGUAUUAAUGGUAAUUGCUCAAUCAACAAAGAUGGCUUCAAUUCAACGUAUGAGUGCACAUGUGAGGCUGGAUGGACGGGACAGAAUUGCGACAUAUAUUUUGAUUUUUGUAAUCCACAACCGUGCCUCUGGGGUGGAUCGUGCUCGAAUUAUCGACCACUCGGCAUUCCAACGUAUCCAUGGAUGAAAUGCGACUGUCAACCGGGAACUUUUGGUGAUAAAUGCGAGACGAAUCCGGACAAUUGCCCAGUCGAUAAAUGCAAUGCAACAGAUAAAGCGGCUAAAUGCAUUGACGGAUUCGACGAUUUCACGUGUGUCUGCUCGCCCGAUUACACGAAUAAAUAUUGUGACAUUCCUGUAAUCGUCUACGACGCGAUUCGUCUCAUUUUCGGUGAAGAUGCCACAGUCAGCGAUGAUGUUAUUCAACUCCUAAAAGACCUUGUAAGCAAUCCGACGAACAUCAAAGACAUGGUGCCGUUCAUUUUGGGGUUAGAGACAGAAGAUGAAAGAGGUGACAAGAGUUGGGACUACAAUGACAUGUUCAAAUGGGUUGCCUAUGAGGAGAGAACAUUGAACUUACAGCAAGAUCUGCUGAAAUGGAAUGAUGUGACGCUGGGAAAUUGUUUCACUUUCAAUCAUCGAAACAACACAAAAGCACAGUAUCUGGCCAGGAUGAGUGGGAAAGCUGGAAGCCUUGAAGCUAUGUUGAGUGUGAACAGUGAGGAGAAUUGUCCUUGGAUCGACACAGAAGCUAUUCAAGUAUUUGUACACCCGGCUGAAGAAGACAUUUUCUCUGAGUCCGUUCGUUACAAUGCACAACCAGGCGGUGAAGCUGAACUGUUUCCUAAAUUGACAGCUUAUCAACGGCUGGGUGGCCGAUAUGGUCGAUGUGUAACUGAAACGAGUCAAGUGAAACAGUACUUCUACUCGGGCUCAUAUGCAACCGAUGGUUGCCUUCGUUCAUGCUAUCAACAAGCUGUUUUAGUCAGCUGUAGUUGUAUGGACCCACGAUAUCCGAUGGAUAAAACCGCUAAACCGUGUCCAUUGGAGAAAAGAAAAUGCGUGGAAGAUCUAGUGGCCGAGAGGGGUGAUCCAUCAAAAUGGAAAGAUUGUGUCUGUCCAUUGCCUUGUGCAAAUCGUGCCUACACUGUUUCGUGGACUAAAUCUGUAUUCACGGCAAAGAAGCCCCAAUGUGCCGUUGUUGAUCCGACAUUCAAUACGAGCGCCUGUAUCUCUACGUAUAAGGACACCGUUCGUGUUCGGGUUCUCUUGCCUGAUUUCGGCUUUCAAUUGUUUGAAGAGGUGCCGGUGAUGUCGUUCAACUCAUUCAUCGGAAAUCUCGGUGGUUUGUUGGGUGUCUUGAUGGGAAUUUCCACAAUUUCCUUCAUCGAAAUCGGUUUCCUUUUCUUGGCCAUCAUUGUGAUUGUUCUCGGGUGCAAAAAGACAAAAAAA